UUCAGAGCUAAUCAGCAUUCGUGCUGUUGGAGUAACUAACAAUGCAACGCCAUAGCAGCACAUACGUCGUCAAAAGAGAUGGCCGAAAGGAAACCGUGCAUUUUGACAAAAUCACGGCCAGGAUCCAGAAGCUUUCGUACAACCUUAACAUGGACUAUGUAGAUCCUGUGCUCGUUGCAAUGAAGGUUAUUGGAGGAUUGUACAAAGGUGUGACUACAGUUGAGUUGGAUAAUUUGGCUGCGGAAACCGCAGCUUCGAUGACUACUCAACAUCCUGACUAUGCGAUCCUUGCUGCUCGUAUAGCUGUUUCGAAUCUGCACAAGAAGACUGGAAAAGUCUUUUCCGAAGUUAUGAAGCGGCUGUACGAGUUCCGUCAUCCAUCUACCGGCGAACAUUCUCCUAUGAUCAGCAAGGAGACUUACGACAUUAUUAUGAAGAAUGCUGAUAGACUCAACUCGGCUAUAGUUUACGAUCGCGACUUCUCCUACACUUAUUUUGGAUUCAGAACACUUGAGCGAUCAUAUCUGCUGAAAAUUAACAAGGAGGUUGCUGAACGUCCCCAGCAUAUGCUUAUGCGAGUAGCUGUUGGCAUACAUGGAGAAGACAUCGAUGCAGCGAUAGAAACUUACAACUUGAUGAGUGAACGAUACUUCACACAUGCAUCGCCAACCCUUUUCAAUGCGGGAACCACAUGGCCACAACUUUCUUCUUGCUUCUUGCUAACCAUGAGUGAAGACUCGAUUGCUGGCAUUUAUGAUACGCUAAAACAAUGCGCUUUGAUUUCGAAGAGUGCUGGAGGAAUCGGACUGAACGUGCACAACAUCCGUGCGACGGGAUCACUAAUAGCUGGGACUAAUGGCACAUCCAAUGGACUUGUUCCUAUGCUUCGGGUGUACAAUAACACUGCUCGAUAUGUGGAUCAGGGUGGAAACAAACGUCCUGGAGCUUUUGCCAUCUAUCUCGAACCUUGGCAUGCAGACAUCUUUGAGUUUGUCGCAUUGAGAAGGAACACCGGUCCUGAGGAGGAACGAGCUCGCGAUCUUUUCUACGCUAUUUGGGUACCGGAUUUAUUCAUGAAGAGGGUUGAGCGUGAUGAGGAUUGGUCUCUUAUGUGUCCGCACGAAUGCCCAGGGCUCAGCGACUGUUGGGGGGAGAAGUUUGAGGAGCUGUACACCAGUUAUGAGAAAAACCACCGAUUCCGUAAGCAAGUGAAGGCUCGCAAACUCUGGGAACAGAUUGUAUCCAGUCAGAUUGAGACUGGUAUGCCAUUUAUCGUGUACAAGGAUGCAUGCAAUCGCAAGAGUAACCAGCAAAAUCUUGGGACUAUCAAGUGUUCCAACUUAUGCACAGAAAUCGUCGAGUACUCUAGCAAGGACGAGAUUGCUGUAUGUAAUCUUGGCUCAAUUGCACUGAAUCGUUUCGUCACUCCCGACAAGAAGUUCGACUUUGACAAGCUUCAUGAAGUAGCUAAAGUGCUCACUCGCAAUCUCAACAAGAUCAUUGAAAUCAACUACUAUCCCGUGGAGGAGGCGCGCCGCUCGAAUUUCCGUCAUCGUCCCAUCGGUCUUGGGGUGCAGGGCCUUGCUGACGCAUUCAUGCUAAUGCGAUAUCCAUUCACAUCGCCAGAAGCUCGUGAGCUAAACAGGCGCAUUUUUGAAGUUAUCUACCAUGCGGCUUUGGAGUCUUCUUGUGAGCUGGCUGAACAACUUGGAACUUACGAAACUUACGAGGGCAGUCCAGUAUCCAAAGGUAUUCUGCAGUUCGAUAUGUGGGGUGUCACCCCCACUGACCAGUGCGACUGGGAUACGUUGCGCGAGAAAAUCAAGAAGCACGGAGUACGCAACAGUCUCCUCGUAGCUCCAAUGCCAACAGCCUCUACCGCUCAAAUUCUCGGCAACAACGAGUCCAUCGAGCCCUACACAUUCAACAUCUACAGUCGACGUGUGCUCUCUGGCGACUUCCAGAUUGUGAAUCCACAUCUGCUGAAAGACUUGGUAGAGUUGAAUUUGUGGAAUGAGGACAUGAAAAAUCAACUGAUUGCUAAUCAUGGAUCAAUCGCUAAAAUCCCUGGUAUCCCUGAUGACAUAAAGCGUCUAUACCAGACAGUCUGGGAGCUUCCACAGAAAGAUAUCAUUGAAAUGGCUGCAGAUCGUGGGGCUUUUAUCGAUCAGUCGCAGUCUUUGAAUAUCCACAUUGCUCGUCCAAGUUAUGCUAAUAUCACAUCUAUGCAUUUCUACGGAUGGAAGAAGGGGCUCAAGACUGGUAUGUACUACCUACGCACUAAGCCAGCUGUCAACGCAGUGCAGUUCACUGUUGAUAAGGAGGCCUUGAAAGCUAAGGAAGAAAAAGACUCGGCUCAAAGCGCUGCUGCUCGCUUGGCUUCCAUGACAGUGGACGAAGGAUGCCUAAUGUGUUCGGUUGCCUAUACAAGGCCCGUUUCGAUAGCAUUAACGUUAUUGCCGGUGGAUUUGAUUGAAAUUAAUCCAUCCAUCGCCAAUCCACUGGUUAUUCCACAUCGUUUGGAUCACACAGCUGCAUAG